GAUCUUGUUUCUCUCUCCCUCUGCCGAUUUCAAAACACGAUCUUUUUUAACCGGACCGUUUUCAUCUUCUGAUGUCGUUAUAAUUCGAAACCGUCGAUCAAUAGGGCACAUAUCACACAUCAUCUAGCGAAUAUAAUAGCGUGUGUACCUUCUUGGCAUCGCAGCCUUGUCACUAGCCCGGCGAUGAAGGACGCGGCCGAAGAACCGCUACGGCAAUAAAGGGUUGCAAUAUUCAUAUUUUUCGAACCAGUUUAAGUUGAGUCUUACCCCGUAAAAGCCCGCUCCGCAAACAACGUCUUGGCAAGGAAUAGAUAAAGGCUCUGUUACCCGGAUAGGCAAGUCUUCCUCUAAGUGGAAGGUGAAUGCCGUUUCUAUCGUCGGCCGUCGUUCACGGAUCAUGCCGAUCACAGGGCCAAGCUUGGAUCCGAGCCAAACACUACAGUACGCAGCUAGGCGAGGUAUUCCGUCUGGGGGAGGGGAAUGCGAGCUCAAUAGGGUUGACUAGCUGUAGCUUGGCCAGAAUGCAACCUGCCCUUUCAGUCGGCUCCUUGACCUGGCUUGGUGAGUAUCUUUCCACAGGUGACUAACAUUUAUGCUUGAUCGCCUUGCAGAAGGUUUGCGUUGCUGUGAAUCCUACUGCAGUUCACGAAUGCCACCUGCUCUAUUCAGAGACGACGAAACAGGAGGCGGGGGAGCGGGAUGUGUAUGGCCCCAAGUAACAGUAAACAAGGACGACAUAUCGAGCAAUUACGCUAGAGAGACGGGGCUAGGCUAGCUGUUACAUGAGAGUAGCAGCAACAACACCAACAAGCCAGGGAUAUAAAAAGGUACUCAAUUGCACUCUCCAUUUCCCCCAUCUCUUAACCAUCACUACCACUCCUUCCUCCCCCUUUGAUUCCAGAUACACAACACAUUCAUCAUGAAGAACCAACUCGCUCUCCUUGUCCUGGCCAGCACCGCCACCGCCCUCCCCGCCCUCAACGGCCGCGCUGGCGAGAUUGUCGGCGGCGAGUCCGCCAAGAUCGAGGACUUCCCCUACCAAGUCGACCUGCGCGUCCGCGAUAGCGCCAACUGCGGCGGCACCAUUGUCAGCGAACGCUUCGUCGUGACAGCCGCCCACUGCGCUCUAGGCUACAGCACCGCGACGCUCAGCAUCCGCGUCGGCAACGCCAUCAACGGCAAGGGCACCUCGUACAAGGUCAAGAAGGCAUACGUCCACCCCAAGUACACCGAUGAGAAGGACCCGUACGACGCCGCCGUCCUGGAGUUCGACCCCCCCAUCAAGUUCACCAACACCGUCAAGCCUAUUGCCCUGGCCGAUGCCGAGCCUUCCCCUGGCACCGACGCCGUUGUCUCGGGCUGGGGCUCAACCAGCCGCGACGACUCCAAGCGCGUCUACCCUGACGACCUCCACUCUGUCCAUGUCCCCAUCUUUGACCACGACAAGUGCAACAAGGACUACGGCGCCAACCCGGCCAUCACUGCCGACAUGAUCUGCGCUGGCUUUGACGAGGGCGUCAAGGACGCUUGCUAUGGCGACAGCGGCGGUCCCCUUGUUGUUGGCGGCAAGCUUGUCGGCAUCGUCUCCUUUGGUAAAGGCUGUGCUUCGCCCAACUACCCUGGCGUCUACGCCAGCGUUGCCAGCCCUGAGAUCCGCUCGUUCAUCAAGCAGGUCACUGGUCUUUAAAUGAAUCCAUGAACAGAAACGAAAUAAAGUAACAUCAGUUACCCAAAGUGGCAGCCAACAAGCACGUGGAGACAAUAUCUUUUAUAUAUAUAUACUUACAACUAAGUUAUACAUAUACUAUAUCUUCAUAGAAUCUUAUAUAGUAUGAAAAAAAUGGAC